UAUGGGGGAAAAUUGGGGAGAAAAAAAUAGGGUCUGUAUGCUUCAGUAUUACCGUUGGAACUUCCGAUUUGAAGUUUUUUUCGUCCUAUUUCCAAGUUCCAAAAUUUAUAUUAAAUUUCCGACAGUUCCGACUUCUGGUACUUCGUCAUUUCCGACCAACCCUGAUUGGAACAACUUCCCCCGCUAUUGGAACAACACCUCCCGUUGACGGAACUGCAUCCCCCGUUGUUGGAUCAACUUCCCUCGUUGAAUUAAAAACAUCCGCUUUGACGGAACAACUUCCCCCGACAUUGGAACACUUUAUUGAUUAGUUGAUAUAGUUGUUGAUUAGUUAAUUUAUGAAGUUGUCGGCGGUAAGAUUUUCGCGGUAAUUGGGCUGCGGUAAGUUGAAAUAUAGAAUGAUGAAUUAUUAGAGACUGGAGAAUAAUUUUUUCAGUGCAUCUCUAGAGUGGGGAAUUAAUAGAGACUGGGGAAUUAAUAAAGACUGGGGGAUUAUUUUUUCAACCCACCCGUGGGAUGGGGAAUUAAUAGAGCCUGGGGAAUUAUUAGAGACUGGGGAAUUAUUAGAGCAAAUACGGUUCAAAGUCAACUGCCUAUACCUACUACCACCUAUUACUAUUCAACUACAAUUCCAACAGCUAUAAAUAAAUUUUAAAAAAAUUCCUUCCGCAAACUACUACAUAUUCUUUUGCUACUUUUAUUGCCAGUCAGCCGUAAUCCCCCAGUUUUCCAUAUAUUGAACCGCGACAUUUAUCGGAAGAAGGAGAAUACUAGACUGUAAAAUUAUUGAAGAAUUUGGGAGAAAAUAAAGAAAUAUGUAUAUGUACGUAAGGGAAUUGGUGAAAGAAACGAUAGAAAAGAGAAGAAUAAAGCUAACAGACACAAAAUAUAU